AUGAUAGAACCGAAGAGGCGGAGAUUUGUUUAUAAAGGAGAAACUGAGCUAAGAUUAGAUGGUACUCACGAAAAUCUCGAGAAGGUGUUGGCGAAGAAAAAGAAAGAAUGUCGAAAGAAAAAGAAAGGAGAUGUCGAAUCAGCGUCACCCGAGAUCGGCGCGGAAAAGCAACGGGCUCGACCUGAGGAAGAGAACGAGAACUCAGAGGAAACUAGGAGUGAAAGAGAACUCAGAGGAGACCCUCCGACUGGAGCAGAAGGAGCAGAAGAUGGAGUCGGGAGCGACGGAGGGAGUCAAAGUUUGAGAGACCCUCCGACUGGAGAAGGAGCUCGUGACGGGAGCGACGGAGGGAGGAGACAAAGUGAGAGUGACCCCGAUUCAAGCUACUCGGGCGAGGAAGAGGAAGAGGAAGUGGAACCAAUGAGACCUUUGAGGAUGUAUUUUCCGCCGACGGAGUACACUAAGAAAGUGAAGAUAUCGACGAGAUGUUAUUUGCAUGACUUGUUCGAGACCUUCCGCGAUUUACGGCCUAAGCUUACAGACAAGGAGAAGAAUUGGUUUGAGACUCACCCGCAGUUCAAACACAUCUUCCACAUGUCAAGGGACCGAAACCACAAGCUUCAGGGAAUUUGGACGCUGCUUCUUCGAACCGCAUGCAUUGAGAAGAAAAAAGAAGUUUGGUUCAUUGUAAAUGGCGUGCCUAUCCGUUAUGGUCUAAGGGAACACGCCUUGAUAUCGGGAUUGUAUUCCCAUAACUAUCCAAGCGGUUUUGCGGAAAAUAAAUCUGGGAAAAUGGCAUUUGUGGAGAAGCUGAGGAUGCUGAUAUUGUACUUUUUAGCUAGCAUUAUCAAAGGGCAGACGAAGACUGGAAAAAAAGCUAGUUCCGUGGACCCAUUCUUGUUAAGAGCCGUGGGUGAUCUGAGUUUGUGUAGGACAUUUCCUUGGGGGAGAUUGUCCUAUGAUCACAUGUUAGAAGGGAUCUCCAAGACAAUGACCCAUUUCAAUGGGGCUGUUCCAGGACUUGAAAAGCAGACCAACCAUGGCCGAUUCCAGUUCUUAGCUUUCGAGGCUAUUCCACAGUUAGGUGAACGAUUUCUACAACCUUUUCCAGGCGCAGAUGAGGAAUGUCCGAAGAUGUGCAAGUCAAUGUUCAAAAAAUGCGACAUGAAAGGAAUUCCUUUCGAGAGAAUAAGUGCACAACUUGGUACAACUAAGGACAUUGAUAAUAUCCUAACUGCAAACGCUAGUGAGAAGCGUCUUCUGGAAAGAAUCACAGAACCUGAGGACGACGUUGAUGAGCAUUGUGUCGUUGUCGAGAGUUGGAUGAAGCUCGCAAAGCGAUCGCAGGUCGUAUUUUUGAAGGAUAUGUACGACGAAGAUGUGGCAAGAUUAGCAGAAGCUCCUCCUCAGAACCAUGAAGCGGUGAACACCGAAGCGGUGAACCCGGAAGCUGUUAACACGCCAUCCUCAGAAUUGAUAGAGCUUAUCCAGAGCAUGAAGAAGGAGAUGGAAGAGCGUAUGACGACAAUUGAGAAGAAAGUUGAUCGGUUGGAGGUAAGGAUAGCUCCGAUUGAAGCUUAUGUGAAUGAGCAAACUGCUCAUAUGAGGAUGGAGGAUGACAACAUUUGCCAUGACAUCUCACAGGGUUCAAAAGAGAGAGACGGUAAUGAAAGUGGUGACAGGGAUCUCGAAGACGUGGCAGAGGGACUUCGAGACCCGCCACAGGUCAGAGACCCUUCGCAGGACAAGGGUUUAGAAGAACCGCCACAGGUCAGAGACCCUUUGCAGGACAAGGGAGAGGAAGAACCGCCACAUGCCGAUGAAACUCGAGAAGAAGCCAUGGAGGGAGCCAUGGCCGAUGAAAGUAGAGAAGAAGCCAUGGAAAGUCGAGAAGAAGCCAUGGCCGAUGAAAGUCGAGAAGAAGCCAUGGAGGAAGAAGAUGGCAGAGAUAAAUCGCAGGAAAAGGAAGUUGAUGAUGUCUCUGGCAAAGAGAAAGAAAGCGAGCCCGAAAAGGAGAAAGAAGGAGGUGAAAGUCUCGACAGUGUGGUCGCUUCUCCUGAAGGCAAUGUGGAGAAAGAAGGAGGUGAAAGUCUCGGCAGUGUGGUCGCUUCUCCUAAACGACCAAUUUCUCAUCGCCCUAAGCUGAAAGUCCAUCUAAAACGGGAUCGAGAUGGAAUGAACGAGAAGCGGGACGAGGGUAAAAGGCAGAAGCGGGAGAAGCUCUUGGAGGAGGCUAACCAGCCGAGGGUGUCUACAAGGGUAGCUGGGAAGAUAGAGAAGAAGGCAGCAGAAAAGGUAGAGAAGGAAAGGAAGAAUGCAGAAGAAAAGCUAGAGAAGGAAAGGAAGAAGGCAGAAGAAAAGGCUGAGAAAGAAAGGAAGAAGGCAGAAGAAAAGGCUGAGAAAGAAAGGAAGAAGGCAGAAGUGAAGGCUGAGAAAGAAAAGAAGAAGGCUGAGAUGGAAAAGAAGAAGGCGAAAAAGGGAGAGGUUUCGAGAGAGGAUGAGAAGAACUAA